AUGGAUGAGUUAGAUCAACAAAUCAUUCAAGUUUUUCAUGAACUAGACUGUACAUUUUGGCAUCCUGAUCUCACUUCUCUUGAAGAAUUAUCACCUGACGACAAUAUCGAGUUUCUAAUAAGAUGUCUAUGGCUAAUAUCACCGAUCUCAAAAACGACCAUCACUUCGUACAAACUCCCUCCAAGUAUUCUACAGCGGUUCCAUGCUGUUACUUAUCUUGCCGAUUCGUUCAAGGAGAAUAACGUACGUGGAGAUUUUGGCUAUCAAACCCUGCUUUAUGGAAGUACAGCAGAACUACGGCAGGUUUUUAUUGCAGUAAUCGAGAAGCUGCCGAAAAAUGCGUCACCACAUGCAGGAGAAAACUUCUCUCAACUCUCAUUCGAUCCUGACUCAGCAUGGAUUCCAGAGUUUUGUCGUCGUCUUCGAAUGAGGCGCCAAGGUCGUCUCUGGUUUCCUCCAGAGAAUGAACCCGACAUUUUCGCGCUGUUUUCUCGUAGAUUUCUCUACGAGGCGUUGGUAGCGGACCAAUCAAAGUCCGGAUUUGCAAAUCUUGUUUCUGCGGCACGUCCAAAACCACCUGUUCCUGUCAAACCAAGUGGACUGGGAAAGCCAGUUCCCACAGAAAAACCUACUGAACUUGAACUCGAUCCAUUAGAAGCACGUUUGGCCGAGAUUUUACAAGGUAUUGCUGAAAAACAGGAAAUGCUUUCGCAAAUUGAAGAUAGCAUUGCGGAUCUGCAGCAGAGUAACUCCAAAAUCAAAGAAGAUCUUGAUCCGAAUACUGAGAAACUCAUGGUGUUUCUGGAGGAUCCCGAUCUGAUGAAGUCGAAAAUUUUGGCCUUUAUCAAAGAUGGUGAUGCUCGAUUAGAAAAAAUGGAAGCAGAGUUUAGGGUGUCUCGCGAGAAACUUUUUCGAGACUUAGAGGAACUGCGGAAACAGCAAUCACAGCAGAGUUUGUUGUCUAAUGAACAAAUAAUGAAAAAUCGUGGCAAGCUGGAAGAGAUUAGAAAAGACAUUGAACAAAAUAACACUCUCGCUGGAAAAUUGGAGUCUCGACUCGAGCAGAUGAAGAAAACCGACGUUGAUCGUGCUUCGAUGAUUCGUCGGAUCAUGGAAAUGACGGCGAGUAUCCACAAGCAGGACCAGGAAAUACACAAGGUUAUCCACGAAAAUCUGGGUGUGCAGCGAGAAUUGAAAUGGUUAACUCAAACGUUGCAUCGAACUUUUAAUUUGAUAGAGGAGGCAUUAUAUAAGGAUACUGAUGAUCCAAAAGGCGAACGUGCGUACAAACUUUUUGGGAAGUUGCAUUCUACUUGUAUGAUUUCUGUAGAAGCAAUAGAACAGAAUGGGGCUUUGUCACGUCAGAACGAACAGUUGGUUGACUUGAUUGAGAUCGAAAGGCAGAGACAGUUUGAACAGCAGCUGAGUCGCAUCCAAGCUGAUUUGGAUAUCAUAGAGAAGGAAAAUGCAAGACUCGAGAGAUUAUUGGAGGAGAGUCAGACGUGA